CUGUAAAAUUUGGCUGAUUGGCGUAGGAUUUCCUAUGCUUCUUGAGUAGAUUUUGGAGGCAAAACUUGAGAGAGAUGGACGGAAGCAACUCUGUAAUUCGUUUUUUAAGCCCUCUGUGUAAAAGAGUACAUGAGUCCGUGAUGGACUAGGAGCGACGAUCUGAUUUGUCCAGCUGGGAGUUCAACGCCUUGAAACUUUCCAUUGUAUUUCGAAGCAAAAACAACAAAAAAGUCUUCCUUCAUUAACUUCCACUAACGACGUUGGCUCCAGAAAACAGAUAGACCUAAUUAGACUCCGUAGAAGACCAACCACAAUCGAAAGUAUUUGGGAAACAGUUGCGGUAAUAGGACCCCUGAGGAAGGUUCCCUGUGCAAUGAUGAAAAUUUGGACAGGAAUUAUUUUCUUUUCGAACUUAGCGGCAGUCUUCGGGGACGAAAGCGACGUAUCCUUUACACCAGCGAAACCAUGGAGCCAACAUGCAGACUGGCCGUUCUGCGAGUUGGGAGGCACGUACUCUGUCCCCCAUAAGAAAUUCUGUGAUCGGUUCUUCAUCUGCCAGAACGGACAAGCUUACCUGGGACAGUGCGAGGACGGUUUGGCGUUUGUGCCGUUUAACGGGUGCAAACUUCUGCACUUCGUCGACUGUUCCGUGCGAACUAAACUACAAUCGCCGAAAGGCAAAGGAAAAUGUCCAAGGUUGAAUGGAUUGCAUAAAGCUCCAAAAGGCUGUGGGAAUUUCUACAAAUGUGAAAAUGGCACUGUAGUUCCUGAUAAAUGUGCAGGGGGUUAUGAAUUCGAUGGCCACACGAAACUGUGUCGUUUGGCAACGCCACAAGAGCGAGAGAAAUGCUCACAUUCGUCGACUUCUUCAGGUUUUAAGUGUCCUGCAAACAACGUGUUCCCGUUUGGAGACCACUCUCGCCAUCCCUACCCAGGAAGCUGUUCCCUCUUCAUCAUGUGUCUGAGAGACGGCUCCAUCAAGGUGGGGUCUUGUAGCGCCGGGUCGGCUUACAGCCCAGCAACACACAACUGCGAGCUAAAAGCCACUGUUCCCGGUUGCUCGCAGAUCUCAUAAUGAUUGUGUUUUCUCAAGGUUAAAGUGACUUGUGUUUCGGACAAGAACCUUUAUCGAUUUCAAUGUUUUCUAGUAAUUGUGGCGAAUUUCAGUGUGACUGUAGCUGACAGUACGCCUAUUUGUACCAGAAUUCCUGUUCCAUUGUUAGCGGCUAUGAGGUCCUAACUCUGCACCUGGGCAUUGGAUUAUCUGUUUUUUACUCUGUAGCAUUUUUGUUUUAUUUAUGUGUGUUUUCUUUCCGCGUACAUUUAUCGAAGAUUCUGACUGCCAUUGUUGUUUUAAAAACUCAUCUCAACUUCUGAAUUUGUACACUUAAAGACGUCCACAGUAAGAAGAAAAGAAAUCGUAAUCUGUAUUCAAUCAACAAACACAAAACUGGGUCGAAUAUUUAUUUUAUUCAUAAAC